AAUUUCAACAAAAAAAUAAACUUUCAACUGAUAUAAAUGAUGCUAUAAAUCUUUCAAUACAAAAACUUGAUGACUAUUAUCCAACUUCUGAUGGUUUAGUUUAUAUUGUUACAACAAUUUUGGACCCUUAUUUGAAACUGUCUUAUUUUAAAGAAAAUAAUUUUGAUUCUAAUUAUAUUAAAACAUGUAAACAACAAAUUACUGAUUUAUGGAAAAGAAAAUACAAACCUAAUGAAAAUCAAGAAUCAAAUAUAUCAAUUUUAAAAUAA